AUGAAUAAUAUUCUUAGCAAAGCUAUUAAAUUUUAUUCUAAAAAUAAACGAAAAAUUGAUCCGCAUAUUACGAUCUUAGGACUUUAUUUGACAACAAAAUUCCUAUUUAGAAGAGCAAAAGCUAUUAUUUCAACAUUAAGUUUAUAAUAAGUAGAUAUUGCAAAUAGAUAUGGAAAAGGAUCAUAUGCUCUUAUAACCGGAGGAGCUGGAGGAAUAGGAAGAGAAUUUGCUUUAGAUUUAGCCAGAAAAGGAUUUAAUUUAAUUAUUGUAGAUUUCAAUUAAGCAAGCUUAGAUUCAAUACAAUAAGAAAUCAAAUCUAUAAAAAGUGAAUUGAUGGUGAAAACUUUAUUAAUUGAUUUUGCUAAAGGUGAUAAUCUAGAAUUCUAUAAGAAAUUCUAAUAAGAAAUUUCAAAGCUAGACAUAUCUAUAUUAAUUAAUAAUGUUGGAACAACUAAAGGUUCUUUUGGAAUUUUUAAUAGAUUACCCAUUAAAAAUAUUAUGGAAGGGUUUUAUAUUAAUUUUGUUGAUCAAAUAAUGGUAACAUAGGCUGUCAUCAAUUAAAUGUUUUAAGAAAUAAAUACUAAUCAUUAAUUUUGAAUUUAAGUUCUGCUACAUCAUAUUAACCAAUUCCAUUUUUUUUUGGAUAUGGAUCAUCUAAAGUAUUAUAAUUAAGAAUUUUAGGUUGGAAUGGCAAGUUUUUUUGAUGCUUUAUCAUUAGAAUUAAGAAACCAUAAAAAUAUUGACAUCUUAACUUUAAAACCUUAUUAUGUAAGUACUGCAAUGAUAAAACAUAAAAAAGGAGUCUUAAUAAUAUUAGUUUAAUCUACUUGGAAAUAUGUUGGAAGGACGAAUGAAAUUACUCCAAAUUGCAUUUACUAAAUUUAAGUAUAUUUCGAAAGUUCAUUACCAUCGUUUAUAAGAAAUUUUAUGAUUUCAAUGUCGCAUAAGAAGGGAGCUGAAGAUGUAACGAAGAGAUAAGAAUGA